UCUCUUCAUUUCUCUCAACUUGCUUUCUGCUUAAGCAAGAUGGCUGAAACUUUUCUUGGUACUGUCAUAGAAGAGGCACUUUGCAAAUUGGCAUCGUUUAAUGCUGGACAGAUCCGCUUUGCAUGGGGUUUGGAGAAGGAGUUGUCAAAGCUUCGCAGUUCACUCAAGCUGAUUCAACAUGGGCUCCAAAGUGCAGAGGAAUUACAAAGUGAGGCGGUAAUACGGGAUUGGCUACAGGAGCUCAAAGACGUUGCUUAUGAUAUGGUGGAUGUACUAGAUGAGGUUGAAUAUAAGGUACUCCAACAGAAAGUAGAGACUCAAAGCCAAAUGAAAAGGGUGCGCAGCUUUUUCUCUCCCUCAAAUCCCAUUGCAUUUCGUUUCAACAUGGCUAAUAAAGUUAAGAAGAUUAAUGGGUCUCUUGUUAAAGUAAGAGAAGAUGCAGUUUUUACUAUUCUUCUUGCUAGAAACAAAAGCCCCCGGGUUGGCAAAUUCCAGCCUGAUACUCACUCCUUUCUAGAUUCAAAUUUUGAAUCAAGAGGGGAUGGAAGAUGUCACAGAAAUUGUUAACUUGUUGAGUGAACAAAGGAGUCAUCAGUAUCCCAUCUCUGUCAUUUCUUUGAUUGGCAUGGCAGGAGUUGGAAAGACAACUUUAGCAAAAUUGCUAAAAAAAGAAAUAGAAAAGAUAAAAAUGUUUGAUGAAGUAGCAUGGGUGUGUGUGUCUGAUGAUUUUGAUGAACGGAGAGUUUUGAAAGGGAUGUUGGAAUAUCAUGAUCAGAAUGCUGGUGGAAUAAAUAAUAUUGAUGUAU